AUGAGCCCCUCGCUGCAGACCGAGGACAUCGCCACCGUCGUCUGGGCCGCGAUGGAGUUCGCCCACUUCGACCGCUGCAUCAUCGUCGGCAAGGACGAGGGCGCGCAGUGGGCCGUCGGUGUGGCUUGCGAGCUGUCGGUGCGGGCCAACGUGGCGGGCGUGGUGCUCGUCGGCCCCAGCUCGCCGCCGUGCGAGGCGUGCGCCGAGCUCGAGGCCCCGGCCAUGAUCAUCUGGGCCAGGGACGACGACGUCUCGUCCAUCGACGGCCUCGGCGACUGGUGCGACGCCCUGGACGAGAGGUGCGCACCGACCUCCGUCAAGGAGUGCGCGGAGGGCGGGCACCGCGUGGACGCCGUCCUGAAGAAGUCGAACGAGGGUAUCGCCGAGGUGUGUCGGGGACACCGUAACCCGGGCCACGACUGGGUUCCGCGGCUCCAGGCCAGCGGAGCCCGCCUGGCAUAG